AUGCCUGAAUUGGAUGAAUCGUUACGCAUUCUACCCCUUUUAUCAAAAGACCUACCUCAAUCGGGCUUCGAUCGUAUCAUCCAUGUGACCCAUCAGCUGCCAUUCGAGAUUUCAAGGACGGACAACAACAACAACCACCAUUGGUCUUUUGCACCGCGUCGUGGUCAUGGUGCCAUGUAUGCAGGCAUCGAAUCGCUCAAGAAUGAGUGGAAGUCGAUACACAUUGGCUGGACAGGCGAGAUUCAUGGACGGCCUGACGCUGAGGCGAACAACAAGACAACGCUCGAGCUUGCACACGAUGAUAAGGAACGCUUGGCCAAGGAUUUGGAAGAGGCCCAUGGCUGCAUCCCCCUGUAUCUUGAUAGCGAAAGCGUGGCAGGGCAUUACGAUGGUUACUGCAAAACAAUGCUUUGGCCUCUUUUUCAUUACUUGAUAUGGAACGAUGCAACUGAUGGUCGUCUUGAACGCAAACAAUGGGAGGCUUAUGCUAUGGUCAAUCAAAAAUAUGCAGACCUUGUAUGCCAACAUUAUCGUGAAGGAGAUAUCAUUUGGGUGCAUGAUUAUCAUUUGCUAUUGGUCCCUGGCAUGGUUCGUGAAAAACUGCCAAAGGCAAGGAUAGGCCUAUUCAUCCAUGCUCCAUUUCCUAGUUCCGAAAUCUUUCGAUGCUUACCAAAACGGCAGGAGAUUCUAAAGGGAAUGCUUGGUGCAAAUCUUGUUGGCUUCCAGACUUAUUCUUAUGCACGCCAUUUUAUUUCAACAUGCACCCGCAUAUUUGGAUAUGAAUCAAAUCCGGACGGUGUCGAAGAAGAGGAUCACUUUUGUCACGUGGGCACAUUCCCCAUUGGAAUUGAUGUGGAUCGAGUGGAGACGAUGCGGAAGGACAAGGACGUUCAAUACAAGAUGAAGGCGAUUGCUGAUAUGUAUACUGGCAAAAAGAUCAUUGUGGGACGUGACAAGCUGGACCUUGUUAAGGGCGUACUUCAAAAAUUGGCAGCCUUUGAAAAGUUCCUAAUGGAUUACCCUGAAUGGAGAGACCAAGUAGUCUUGAUCCAGGUGACGGAUGGUAGCACAACCGAAUCUGCCAAGCUAGAGAAUAAGGUCUCCGAGAUUGUUGCACAUAUCAAUGGCACUUAUGGAUCACUUGAAUUCACGCCUGUACACCAUUAUCAUCACCAAGUACAACCCGACGACCUUUAUGCACUCUUGUCAAUAGCGGAUGCGGCCUUGAUUACAGCUGUACGUGAUGGCAUGAACACAACGAGCUUGGAAUACGUCAUAUGUCAACAAGAAAAGCACGGGCCACUUAUCUUGUCGGAAUUUACCGGCACUGCCGGUUCAAUGAGCUCAGCGCUUAUGGUGAAUCCCUGGGAUUAUGCAGGUCUUGCCAAAGCUAUCAAUGAUGCACUACUCAUGUCCGAAGAAGAUAAGCUCUCUCGUCACUUGCAAUUGCUAGACCACGUCAAAUCCCAUACUGCUUCCUUUUGGGCACAUUCAUUCAUCAAGUUAUUGGUGCAAUCCAUUGCAAGCUCCGAACAAACAAGCAACACGCCCGUUUUGCGAAUGGAUUAUCUCUUGCCAGCAUACCAACAAUCAAAACGACGCUUACUUUGCUUUGACUAUGAUGGCACAUUGACACCGAUUUGUAAAACACCAUCGGCUGCAGUCCCACCACCUGAUAUGCUUCGUGCCCUUGAGAAGCUGUGUCAGGAUCCAAGGAACGACGUUUGGGUCAUUUCAGGUCGUGAUGAAACAGCAUUGGAUCGAUGGUUGGGUCACAUUGAUGGUAUUGGUCUCAGCGCAGAGCACGGGUGCUUUAUCAAGUAUCCACGCAGCGACAAAUGGAUCAAUCUGACAGAGCACGUUGACAUGGGCUGGAAGCAUGAUGUCAUUGAUAUCUUCACCUAUUAUACUGAACGCACUACGGGCAGCUUCAUUGAGCAUAAACGAUGUUCAAUCACAUGGCAUUAUCGACUAGCUGAUCCUGAAUACGGCGCAUUCCAAGCCAAGGAGUGCCAAAAUCAUUUGGAAAAUGCUAUUCUCUCAAAAUUGCCAGUGGAGGUCCUUGUUGGCAAAAAGAAUCUUGAAGUACGACCGACAUCAAUCAACAAGGGAGAGGUUGUCAAUCGACUCUUGGCAGCCCAUCAUUAUGACUUUGUUAUGUGCUGUGGUGAUGAUAAGACGGAUGAGGACAUGUUCAAGAAGCUUCGCAAGGCUCAAAAUCUGACGGAUGAUCAAAUCUUUUCGGUGAUGGUUGGAUCGGAAGACAAAAAGACGCGAGCAUUGUGGCGGUUACAAAAUGUUCAAGAAGUUAUUGACACGAUUGCACGUAUGGCUGAUUCCUCUUGUUGA